UAAAAGCUAACAAUAUCGGCAUACAUUCAGCUAAUGAAACAAUUCCACCUUUAAAAUGUUGACCAAAUUGUUAGCUAUAACUUUAUUAUUCAGCUUUUUUUGUUAGCUCUUAUAGAUAUUUAACUGUCCCUGUUUUAGUUUUAUGUGUUUUUCCGCUCCUCCUGGAGUUUUCAAUGUGUGUGUGUGGGGAAGUCUAGAGCUGUGACACAUACUGUGAGUUUAUCUUUAUGAUACACCUUUAGGUCGUUUUAAUCACAUCCAAGAAAAGAGAUAACAUUACUCCUGUAUGAGCUGCUCUGCACUGGCUCUCUGUUAAAUAAAGUUAGUGUCCUAACUUACAAAGUCUUGAUUGGUGAUGCACCAUCAUAUCUUAUAAUUAGAUCUGAAUCAGGUUCACCUGGUCCAGCCCCUAGAGAUGCUGCUAUAGGCUUAGAGGCUGCUGGGGGAUGCUUAGGAUACACUGAGCACCUACCUCCUCUUUUCUCUCACCUUAUGGAUGAAUUUACAUCUCUCCAUCACACUUUACUCUGAUGUGAGGUCAAAGGUCAGGGAUGUUUUGUGUGGAGAUUUUAAAGCCUGAGGCACAUUCGUAAUUUUUUUAUAUUGGGCUGUAUAAAACAAACUGAAUUGAAGGGUAUAGGAAAUUAUCCUUUAACCCUCCUGUUAUGUUACGGGUCAAAUUGACCCGUUUCAAAGUUUGAAAAUCUAGAAAAAAUACUUCUAAGUACUCUUUCUGUAUAAAACUUCUUCUGUUGACCUUAUUUAGUGUAAUCAACGUUAAAAAAAUACACAAAAAAUAUCAUGUAUUUGCACCCCCCCCUGCAGGUUUAUAUAACAGAGAUGAUGUUCCCGGGUCAAUUUGACCCGGCUGUGAAAGUGAAGGCUAAAAGUCAUCAGAAGAGUCACGUUUAGACUAUUUCUUUCUUUGUAAAUGUAGGAGAGUCUUUCUUACUCCCUCGCACCAACACACACAUGCACACACACCAACACACACACAAACACACAUAUCAGCACACACACAAACACACAUAUCAGCACACAAACACCCCGUUCACAACCCCAUAUAUAAAGUUGUACACAUUUCAAACUUCAAACAAAAGAAUCAGGUGGUUGUUAUGGUAAUCAUCUCUAUCCUGCUGUGUGCCUAUCACCCUACAUGAGAAGCACACUUUACAGAACAAACAAUGUUUAUCAUCUUCUAACUUUCCCCCUAAAUACACCUUUAUUGUAAGUCGCUUUGGAUAAAAGCGUCAGCUAAAUGACAUGUCAUGUAAUAUUGGACAUGGGACACUAAUGUGAGGGUUUCUUUCAUGUCUCAACUAAUACAUAUGUAGUAUAGUACUUCUAAUAUACUGUCUGUCUGACUGGGAGAGACACACACCCUGUCUCAUCCCAAUCUCAGACCCACACACAUUCUCUUUCUAAAGACCCCACCUAUGCGAGAAAUACAGAUACUAUUUUGACGGGAACCUAUAUUUUUCCCUGCGGGAAAACUCCACCCACACGUAUCAGGGGAGGGCCAAACAUACAAAAUGGUUGCUGAGAAGUCCUACAACAUUACACUCUGCAGAUACAUACGACUGCACCAAGAGGAUGACUGUGUGCUGGUCUUUGGUAAUCUUUUAUCAUAUAUUUUAUGCAUCUUAACACUAAAAAUAAACAUAACUAACGUUUACUUUCAAUACAAAUCCUUUAUGACUCAUUUGGCUUGAUUUUUAGUGGGCGGGUCAUUAUGACCCUGAACAGCACAGGUGUCUCAUCUCUAUUUAUCUACAUCACCCCAUGAAAAAAGAAAAAGUACAAAAUGCAAAUAAAAUUUAGGAGAAAAUACAUGUUAUGGUAGACUAAUGCAAUUUAGAUUUAGAUUCUUUCAAUGUUCCUAAAAAAUUAUUUGAACAUGUAUUUUUCAUUAAAACGAGUGAGUGCUCCUGAUUGAACUCUGAUCUAUGGAGGGAUAAAUAACUCAAUUCCACUAAAAACUGAUUUAAUUGUUAGUAAUGUUGUUGAUGAUGUACAAACUAUAGUUUUUAGAAUGUUUUGGUUUCUGACCACUUUUGGAUGAUUCAACAUUAACCGGGUCAAAUUGACCCGGGAACAUCACGGCUGUAUGUAAGAAACGAACAUAACAGGAGGGUUAACUUAUUUUAGGAAUUUAUGUUUACAUAUUUGUAAGCUGACGACAUGAUAUUCCUGGCGAUGUAUUAUAGAACAUUAGUGGUCCGGUCAGGCUCCUGCAAAGCGUCACAGCUCACAAGGUUUUGUUUUCCAGUUUUAACGUAGAAUGGAAAAAAGCCACACAGCUGAAGAAGCUGGAUGAAAAUGGAGUGGGCCAUGCCGGCUCUCCUCCGCGCCCUGAAAGGUGGUCGUACCUGAGAUGUUCCAGGGACAGUGAAUAUAUUUAGAGUAAAACAUGUUCAUGCAAGAUAAGCUGGAAACGAAUCCGGAAGGAUAAGCAGAAUAAUGAAAUUCCCGAAAAUGUUGCGUGCAUGUGUUGUGAAGCUGCAGGGAGCCGAUCUAGCCUGAUUAUUUUUUGCCUUACUUUUAUGGCUGCCAUUAUUUAAAAAAACAUCUGCUGGAAGGAGCUCUGGAGAUAAUGCUUUCAUGAACUUUAGAUAAAAGCUACAGCACAUUGCUGCAAACUGCUUUAGCAUCGCGCAUGUCACAACAAACAAACAGCCAUAUCUCUACCUCUGUUCCUCAUUAACGCAUGUAAUAGACGGGUAUUACAAUAUUUGAAAGAAACAGGAUUAAGCAAUAGAAUUUAAAGCACUGACAUUUUGAAUCUCCCUUUUGUUUUGUUUUAUUGAUUUUGUUUUGUGGUUAUUUUGUUGGGUUUGGUUUUGUUUGUUUGGUUUUGUAAGGGGAUAGGGUACUCUGGUCCACACUCCACUACAGUAGGUGGCGGAAAUGCACCGUUCACUGGAUGCCAUCCGCCAACAAAUUUAAGAAGAAGAAGAAGAACGGAGCCGACCGGAAGUAGACGGAGCCGGAACUCGGCCGUCGCAGCGCGAGUCGCAGUGACUCUUCGUAUUCGGGACCAAACCGCGUGUGUCCUCCUCCCGCCACGUGACCCUGUCCGAGUGGACGCGGCGUUGUUGUUUCCGUCCGGAUUGUCUCCCGGUGUCAUGACGUCAUGACGUCAGCGUGCUAGCAGGAAGUAGACGGAGCCGAGCGCGUGUGGAGGAAACGUCUGUCCGUGAGUUCGUGAACAUGUGUAACGUCCCAGAGCUGAUAUGUUUAGUGAACCAGCGACUGACUGCGGCUGCUGGAGAGAUAUGUGGGCUGUUUGAAGACACAGCAGAGCACGAGGAGGAACUGACUAGUUUAAAAGAGGAGCACGAGCGCCAACGGAAACGACUGGACGCCAUGUUCAACCCGGAAGUCCGGUUACAACGAGCAGACGUCCAGCAGCUGUUGGUGACUAAACCAGAGGUUCCCUCUGAGCAGCAUGACUGGAGCUCCAAUCUGGACCAGGAAGAUGCAGAGCCCCCACACAAUAAUGAAUGCCAGGAAGACCCAGAGCCCCCACACAUUAAAGAGGAACUGGAGGACCCAGAGCCCACACACAUUAAAGAGGAACUGGAGGACCAGGAGGACCCAGAGCACCCACACAUUAAAGAGGAACUGGAGGACCCAGAGCCCCCACACAUUAAAGAGGAACUGGAGGACCAGGAGGACCCAGGGCCCCCACACAUUAAAGAGGAACUGGAGGACCCAGGGCCCCCACACAUUAAAGAGGAACCUGGGAUCAGUCAGGAAGGAGUGCAGCUUCAAGCGCUGGAGGAGGCUGGUAUCAAGUUCCCAUUUGCUCAGUUCUCAAAGUCCACUAAAAAAAAAAACAUUUGA